AAAAAAACUAAAAAUUGAUCUUAGGGCAAGACUCCUUAAUUGUGACUGGGUCGGAUAAACCCCUCAAGAACCCCCGGAAGCGCCGCCGCCGCCGCCUGUCACAUGUCUUCUCCAAUUGUUGAAAUCGAAGGAGACAUUGACACCGACGAGCUCAAUCCCUUCACUAUGAUUCUCCCACAAGAUGGCCAUGACAAUGGCGCCACUCCGCAGCAGCAACAACAGCAGCUCCAUUUCCUCCUAUCCAUUAACUCAAAUGUAGUCAUCAGACAACUCCCAUCUGAAGGCCUUUCUUUCCAACUCUGGCCUGCCGCUACCAUUCUCAUCACUGUCCUUGACAACACCCGUAGCGGCGAAUCAACUCCGUUUUCCGAGUUGUUCAAACGUCAGGAAAAAGGGGAUUCACUGCCCCUUCGUAUUCUCGAACUGGGUUCAGGAACAGGUGUUGUUGGGAUAGCUGCUGCUGCUAUUCUUGGUGCUAAGGUUACUGUCACCGACCUUCCUCAUGUGCUGCCUAAUAUACAGUUCAAUGUUGAUGCAAACUCCAAGGUUUUGGAACAGCAAUGUGGGGGUGUUGAUGUUGCGGCGCUUAGCUGGGGGGAUAACCAGCAUAUGGAGGCUGUUGGUAGAGAUUAUGACCUGAUUUUGGGAUCUGAUGUGGUGUACCAUGAUCAUCUCUAUGAUCCUCUGAUUGAGACGUUGAGGUUCUUCCUGUUAGGAGGUGGAAAGAAGAUAGCUUUUGUUAUGGCUCAUUUGAAAAGAUGGAAGAAGGAAUCUGUUUUCUUCAAGAGAGCUAAGAAGCUUUUCGAUGUCCAAAUCAUACAUACAGAGCCUCCGCCCGAUGGGUCUAGGAUUGGGGUGGUUGUGUACCUUUUCACCGGGAAAAGAUAGCCACUAUAGUCAAUCAAGGUUUGAUGUUGGUGGGAUGUCAGUGUGAAUCUUAUUGUCAUGUCAUGUAUAACAAUGGGGUUUGCCCAACAAAGAAGUAAAAAACUACUGUAUUUGCUUUACAUGGAAAUACAAUCAACAAAGAAAAUUGUGUA